UUUCUUUGUCCUUGAUCGAAACAGCUUGGAAUUAUGGUACACUAGUGUCUUAGUCCUCUUGGCAGGAUACAUGACAAAUGCCACUGCUGCAAUAUCUGCCUUCUCGAUUUGCCUCAACAUCUCGGGUUGGGAGCUCACGAUAUGCCUUGGUUUCCUAAAUGGAGCUAGUGUAAGGGUUUCCAAUGAAUUGGGGCGAGGAAAUGCUGAAGCAGCAGUGUUCGCCAUUAAAGUCAUCUUGGGCACCUCAAUUAGCAUUGGAGUUGUCUUUUGGAUCUUGUGCCUAGUUUUCGGUCGACGGAUUGCCUACAUAUUCACUAGCGAGGAAGAUGUCGCGGAAGAGGUUUCAAGCCUCUCAGUUCUCCUUGCCUCCUCUAUUUUACUCAACAGUGUUCAGCCAGUGCUCUCAGGUGCAGCGGUAGGUUCUGGGACACAAAGUGUGGUUGCCUAUGUUAACAUGUGUUCCUAUUAUGUGAUCGGAGUGCCUCUAGGAGUCGUGCUUGCGUACGUCACCAAGUUGGAAAUUCAGGGUAUAUGGAUAGGAAUGAUAAUCGGAGUCGCAACUCAGACAGUGGUGCUCAGUUUCAUUACUUACAGAAUGAACUGGGACAAGCAGGUGAACAAAGCAACAGAAAAGCUCCAUAGGUUGUUCUUGGAAAGAUCCGAAGACCAUGGUGAGAGCUCUACCACUCUGAACAGCUGAACGGAUGAGUUAAAACUGAAGAGCAUAUGGUUUCAUCCCAGUUUAGGUUUUCGGAUGAGAACAAGUUGCUUCUUCUUUCUCUCUUUUUUGACCUCUGUUAUGACAGCCAUUGAAUAAAUUGAUCCAAUCCCUAUCCGAUUGAUAAAGCUUUCCCACCCCAUUUUUCAGUGAUUGGAAAAAAU